UUGUAGCCUAUUUUUGUGAUGUCCAAGUGUCUAUGAACGCAGCAGCAACUUGUUCCUGGGAGGUACGUGAUGCACUUGAAUGCAACCUUACAAAGGAACUAGCUGAUCACUGGUAGCAGUUUUGCUAGUAUGACCUUGCUUCCCGUGUGGAGUAUGACUCAACAAGAUGGCCAACAGCUGAUUGGGUGUCAAGGACCCACUCAGCCUCAGGGUGGGAGCUCCUCCUUGAAGCAGGAGGAGCUACAGUUUCCCAACAAAAAGGGAAAACCUAAAACCUUCCUUAAAAAGGAAGAGGAGGAACUCUGGAUUGCUCAGGAGGGAGGCGUGCCUGUGAAGACUGAAGACCAUGAAGACGUCAGUGAAGAACAUUUUCAGCACAAGGAGCCUCAGCCCCCCCACAUCAAAAAGGAGGAGGAGAGACCAGAACCCAUCCACAGUAAAGAGGAAGAGGAGGAUCACAGAAUCAGUCAGGAGGGAGAGCAUCUUGAAGGACAGGUGGAGCCUCCAGUGAUUGGUGUCCCUGUGAAGAGGGAAGAUGAAGACAAAGGUCCAAGUGAGGAGAAGAGAGAGGUGGAGCCUCCAAGCAGCAGCUCAACUCAACACAUGACAAUAGAAGCUGAUGGAGACCACUGUGGAGGAUCACAAGCAGACAACCUCUUAGCUUUACUAUCACGUAGUGACAACACAACGUCGCACUCUCCUGACACUGAUGAUGAAGACUCUAAAGCUGAUCAGACAUGUCACACUGACAACACACACCUGAAAUGCUCUCAGUGCGAUCAAACUUUUGAGCACAUGAGAGCGCACACUGGAUAUAAACCAUACUUCUGCUCAAUGUGUGAUAAAAGAUACUUUGAGAAGGUACAAUUGACAAUACACAAUAGGGAAAAACCUUUUACCUGUUCUCUAUGUGGUUUAGGUUUUGAACGAAAUGUGCAGUUGAAGAGACACAUGGCAAUACACACUGAAGAAAAACCAUAUACAUGUUCUAACUGCAACAGAAGCUUUCGUUUCCCAAAAAAUCUUGAAAAACACAUGAGAAUACACACUGGAGAAAAAACAUAUUCAUGUUCUAGCUGCAGCAAAUGCUUUUGUAACCAAUCAAACCUUAAAUCACACAUGAGAAUACACACUGGUGAGAAACCAUUUUCCUGUUCAGUGUGUGGUACAGCUUUUGGUCAAAAUGGUCAUUUGAAACAACACAUGAGAAUACACACUGGAGAAAAACCGCAUUCAUGUUCUAGCUGCAGCAAAUGCUUUCGUAACAAAACAGACCUUAAAACACACAUGAGAACACACACUGGUGAGAAACCAUUUUCCUGUUUCGUGUGUGGUGCAAGUUUUAGUCGAAAGAGUAAUUUGAAACAACACAUGAGAAUACACACUGAAGAAAAACCAUAUUCAUGUUCUAACUGCAACAGAAGCUUUAGUUUAAAAAAAAACCUUGAAACACACAUGCGAAUACACACUGGUGAGAAACCAUUUUCCUGUUCCGUGUGUGGUACAGGUUUUGCACGAAAUGAUCACUUGAAACAACACAUGACAGGACACACUGGUGAGAAACCAUAUUCAUGUUCUACCUGCAGCAAAUGCUUUAGUAACCAAACAGACCUUAAAACACACAUGAGAAUACACACUGGUGAGAAACCAUUUUCCUGUUCAGUGUGUGGUACAAGUUUUGGUCGAAAUAGUAGUUUGAAAAAACACAUGAUAAUACACACUGAAGAAAAACCAUAUUCAUGUUCUAACUGCAACAGAAGCUUUCGUUUCCAAAAAAAACUUGAAACACACAUGCGAAUACACACCGGUGAGAAACCAUUUUCCUGUUCCGUGUGUGGUACAGCUUUUGGUCACAAUUGUCAUUUGAAACGACACAUGAGAAUACACACUGAACAAAAAACGUAUUCAUGUUCUAGCUGCAGCAAAUGCUUUCGUAACGAAACAAAUCUGAAAAAACACAUGAAAAUACACACCGAUAAAAAAACAUUUUCCUGUUCAGUGUGUGGUACAAGUUUUGGUCGAAAUAGUAAUUUGAAAAAACACAUGAGAAUACACACCGGUGAGAAACCAUUUUCCUGUUCCGUGUGUGGUACAAGUUUUGCACGAAAUGAUCAUUUGAAACAACACAUGAGAAUACACACGGAAGAAAAAACGUAUUCAUGUUCUAUCUGCAGCGAAUGCUUUCGUAACCAAACAGACCUUAAUACACACCAACGUACACACUGGUGAGAAACCAUAUACCUGUUCAGUGUGUGGUAAAGGUUUUGUGCAAAGUCAUGAUUUCAAAGUACACAUGAGAAGGCACACCGGGGAAAAAACAUAUGCCUGUUCCGUCUGCGGCAAAAGCUUCUGUGAGCACUCGUAAGACACAUGAGAACACACACCGGUGAGAAAACUUUUUUUUGUGUGUGGCAAAGGUUUUGUACGAAUUGAAUUUUUGAAGGCGCACAUGAAAAUACACAGUGGUGACAAAGUGUUGAGUUGCGGUGUGUGUGAUGAAAGAUUCUCUCAUAAGUACCAGGUUAACAAUCACAAGUGUGCUGGUGAGGACAGCAGCGGUAAAUGAAGCUGCAGGAUUUGAAGGAAACAGUCAAGACUUGGAUAACGUUGACUUCCUCACAGCAUCACCACAUAUAACGUGUGACAUUGUUGUGUUUGUAACAAUAUAUUUCUAAAAAUGUAUUUUAUGUACUGCUUGGUAAGCGUUGGGAAGACAGUAGAUGGUCAUCUUAGGUGUACCACCGUUGGAAAGAGCAUGACGGGUGUUUUGGCUGCGCCCAUUGCUACACGUGUCGUUUCCUUAAUCUUUGAGAGUUAUAUUUUCAUGCAAAAGGAGGACAAAGUUGAUGUAGGACUAUAUACAUUAACCUGCUAUUAUAUGCAUUCUGUUCAAUAAAGAAACUUAAUAAAUUGUCUCAAACUGUCUACGCACCAAGCAUAACUUGAUUUUAUACUCGGCCCAG